AUGUCUUAUUUGCGCCAAGCUAAUCCUCCACAUACCGUGAAGGGCAAUCUCAGGCGGCGUCUACCUUACUGGGAGAACAUAGGCACUAAUAAAACUAUUUUAGAACUUAUAAAAUACGGAUACAAAAUUCCCUUUUUCACCACCCCUAAAAAGGCUUCUUUCAAAAACAACUGUUCGGCUUUUGACAAUGAAGAUUUAGUAAAUAAGGAAUUACACGAGUUACUUAAAACCGGAAGAAUAAAAGAGAUGGCUACUGAGCCACACGUGGUUAAUCCACUGAGCGUUAGUUCGUCCAAAAAUAAGAAGAGACUUAUUCUUGACCUGAGACAUGUAAACAAACACGUGUACAAACAAAAAACCACAUUCGAUGAUUGGAAGAUUUUCGGAGAAUUUGUUGAGGGAAAUGGUUUCAUGUUUAAAUUUGACAUAAAACAAGGCUAUCAUCACAUAGAAAUUGCUCCAGAGCAUCAAAAAUAUUUAGGAUUUUCUUGGGUAAAAAAUGGCGAAAAAAGGUAUUUUGUUUUUACAGUCCUACCGUUUGGUGUCUCUUCUGCCCCCUUUAUUUUCACAAAAACAAUGCGAGUCCUCGUAAAACACUGGCGAGAACAUGCUAUGAAAUUUUCAUGUUUUAUUGAUGACGGCGCUGGCACAAGCAAAACCUAUGAAGCGACUCUGAGGGCGUCAAACUUCGUCCGAGACUCGCUUAAGAAAUCUGGGUUUGUCGCAAACAACGACAAAUCUCUGUGGAGUCCCACUCAAAACAUGACAUGGCUCGGCAUUAAUCUAGAUCUGAAGAAAAAACUUUUUUCUAUACUUUCCCAGCGAUUAAUUUCUACUCUUUCGAGUUUACAAUUCAUUCUUGAUUCCCUACCGUACACGUCAGCACGAAAAUUAGGAAAAUUUUGCGGAAAAAUCAUAUCCAUGAAAUUUGUUAUAGGCAAUUUGGCCCAACUAAAAAUUAGACGAAGAGAGCUAUACGCUAUACAAUAUUCGCUACAAUCAUUAAAAUCAGUUUUAUGCAACAAAGCAGUACUUUGGAAGACAGAUAAUUACGCGAGCCAUUGUAUAAUAAAAAGAGGCAGCUCAAAGGAAAACUUACAGAUAUUGGCAGAAAAUAUUUUUGAUAUUUGUAAGAAACAAAAAAUAGAUUUAAAUGUCGAAUGGGUCCCAAGAAACCAAAUUCAAUACGCUGAUAAAUUAGGUCGUUAUACGGACACGGACAAUUGGGAAAUCACAAAAAGCUUUUUCGAAUACCUAAACAGGCUCUGGGGUCCAUUCACCGUAGAUAGGUUUGCUAAUGACGAAAACAAAAAGACCUGUAAAGCUUUGGGCACACUGGUGGCCCCAUACUGGCCUUCGGCAGCGUUUUGGCCAUUUUUAACUGAUUCAACAGGGGACUUCAAAAAAUUUAUUAAAAACUUCAGGAUCUUUGACAAUCCCAAUUUAUGCGUUACUCAAGGAGAGUGCAACAAAUCCGCCAUAGGUUCAAAGCAUUUUAAAAGCAAAAUAAUAGCUUUCAAACUGCAAUUUACAUAA